GGGGGUAUGAAAAUAUAAAACAAUAUGGCGGCCGAAAGAGUGGAAGAAGAACAGAUAUUUAUGAACUCAGUGCAGUUUGUGUUAGGGAACUGGCCAGCCAUUCGUGUAUCUGUGGAGCAGAGUUUUGGGGGGCAACAUAGUAGCGAGAAAGAAAGAUGGUUACAAGAGGUUAUUUUCAAUGUAUUUAUUGAAAACGGUAUGUGUUAAUGUGAUGCUGAUGCACUGUGUACUGAUCACUGAUGUUUAUAUUAAAUUGAUGUAUGCUGUCGUCGAGACUGAGAGAAUGGUUUGAGUACAAAUGUAUAAUAUUAGACUUACUUUGCCUAACUUUACAAUAUCGUUUGUGAGAUACACUUUAUACGCCGUUCCAAAAAAAGAAAUCGUAAAACACCUUAAAACACGUGGCAGAUUUUUAGGCCCGCCAUAAAUAUUAAAUUGACCUAGUACACCCUUUGUACUAUAAGUGUUAUUGAGGUCAAGGCACAAAGGUUCAGUACUGACAGUGUGUAGGAUCUGACAAUGUAUGGAAUGAAGUGAUGAACCUAUUACUCCACCAUACAUAUGUGUCAAAUAAUCGGAAAGAGCAGAGUCAAAGGUUGAGGGUAAAACGUCAACAGUUAAAUGCCAACUGUUAAAUCUCGAGGGUAAAAAAUACUAUAUUUGAAAGGUCAGGUAACUGCUUCGGUUAAGAAAAUAGCGACAUUUAUGUGGUCUCUCUAAUUGGACUAGCUGCCCAUACAUGUGUGUGUAUAAUUAGUUAACCCAUUAAGUUGCAUUGUGCUCCAAUGCACGUACCCUACGUUAAUCUUAUGAGCACCGGCACUCAAUAGGUUAAUGAGCCCUGUUAGAGCAUAUGCAUGGUAGCUUGAUGGGUUCACCAGAUAUAUAUUCAGAAGUAGUCUGGUUAAUCCAACUAGGUCAAAUAAUAUUAUUGUUGGGAUGCAGUGAGGGGAUCUUGUAAAAACGUGAACGCUUUAUAUUAUUUUGUUUUUGGUGAAUACAAUUAUGAUCUCAACUGUUCAAAACAAGUUCUAAGUGUAGAUAAUUAAUGCCACCCAGCAUGACUCUAUGCAAAAAACUUCAAACAUCUCUGACAUGCCCGCAUGGGUGUCCGAUGGUGGGAUCUGGAUCAGAAGGUCUUUUGAUCUGAAGUAGUCAAGGUACUGGUACUUGACGAAAUCUGAAGCCGUCAAGCUCCUGGUGCUGCCGGACAUUUUCCAGACUGUGUUGGUGUGUUAAUCUCUUUUAAUAUUUUAUUAGAAUCACUAGAUCCUUUGGACGUAGAAGAUUAUUUAGCAGAAAUUUUAAGCAAUGAAUUUAAUGUCAUUAUUGAAGAUGGUAGUCUCACAAAGGUACAAUAUAUUAUUGUGAAGAGUGCAAUUUUUAAACUUGUUAGAUUGUUUUCUUUUGUUUCCUGUCAGUUAUUAACUUCAGCAGUAAUAUCACAGCCAAUGAUUGAUGAUACAGUAUUUGCAAAUAAUGAUAUAAACAUGGUUGCCAUUUGUCAACUCCUGUAAGGUACUCCUUGGUUUCCAGUUCCGGCCUCUCUUUGGAUUCCGGAUUCCACAAUUGUAUUGCGGAUUCCUUUCUUUGGAUUCCGGAUUCCACUCCUUGGAUUCCGGAUUCCACUCCUUGGAUUCCGUAUUCCUCUCUUUGGAUCCCGAAUUCCUUCGAUUCUGUAUUCCACUUCUUCGAUUCCGGAUUCCACUCCUUGGAUUCCGGAUUCCUCUCUUUGGUUCCCGGAUUCCACUCCUUGGAUUCUGGAUUCCACUCCUUGGAUUCCGGAUUCCUCUCAUUGGAUUCCGGAUUCCACUCUUUGGUUUGAGGAUUCCUCCCCUUGGAAUUGCAAAGCAGUCGGAUUCUGGAUUCCUGGAUUACCUUACAUGGGGUAACAUUUAGCUGUGACAAGCAAUUAAGUCAAGGUGGUACUGUAAAUUAUCACAUUGUCAAUAUAUCUCAACAAUUGGUAAAGGCUGCAGAUUUGCAUACAACACACAAAAGAUAAAAUAGAUCCAGACUAUUUCACAUUGGUGUUCAAACACAAAUUGUUCACAGCUAAAUCUGCGUUGUAAGACUCGAUGUAAAUGUAUGACUCGGACAGGUCAUGUCCUGUACGAGUCUACCAAUUGAAUUUCCUCAUUGACAUACUCAUUGCUUCAUUAAAAUAAGGGCCUGUAUAUUGCCACCGUCAAAACAGCACAAAUUGCUCUGGCAAUUUUUACUGCAACUUGCAAUGCCAUUUCUGAUAUAAAACCAUGCAUGUUAUCUAAGAAGUAGUCACAGAAAAGUUUUGAGCAUGGUUCACAUCAUAUUCCAUUCAUCAUAUAGCCUGCAUGGCAGGCGGUCUAAAAUACCGCCUGCUGGGUUUGGCAGUGUAAUUUGAUAACCGCCCACUUUAAUGUCCGGGUCCAAUUAGCCAAUCAGCAAACACUAAAUAUAUUAAUAAUCAAACUGUCAAACUAUGUUAUUGUUUGGUCGCAAAAUUGCAAAUAUAAAAUAUGUCGAAAGAAACGCCAUUGAAAGUUUCAAUCAGGACCUCUGGAUAUAAACGACAAGAGGUAGAAAAGCAAGCGCGGAAAAUGUACAGUAAAUGACCACUGUCGUUUGUGUAUUAAGUGUGCUUUGAAACUAAAGUACGGGGCAAUAGAGAAAAUAUCUUAUAUAUCGUCGGAGAAUUUAGGCAAGCAAAAGAAACGAUUACGACAGUGGCAAAACCUUGGCCGAUCAAUAAGCCGAAUUGUGUUCAGUUCAUUUAGGAAACGAAGUUACUUCUACCCAGUUUGUAAACCGUGUGGGCGGAAGAUCCGAAACGCAAGGGAACUGAUCGAUUGUCAUAAUCAAACGAGACAUAUUAAACGCCUUGGCUGUGUACGUAUCGAACAAAUAGACCGUUGUAUAAAAACCUCAGUUGCCAAUAUAAAUUGUCUCGUCUCUAGAACGAAGUUCAGAAAGUGAAGCGGCUAAUAGGCCUAGGCGUAGUAGUCCUGUUAAACCCGUUGCAAUAAAACACUCUACGGCCGUCUGUAUUUAUUCUCGUUAUAUUUUCUCGCGCCAACAAGAACAAUGUAAAAAUCAAGCUUUUCCCAUAACCUGUAGGUAGAACGGCGAAAACAUUCUUUCCAAGGAGUAAAUCUUUAACUGCCAUCUCUUGCCCGCGUUUGACAAUCAGUUCGCGUUUCGACUUUCGAGAAGCGUUCAGUUUUACAACAGCUAAGCGAACGCAUCAUUACAGUAAACGCUUGUUACAUAUUAAAGCGUAUUCACUUUUGAGUGACAGCGGCUCAGACUCGCAGCCAAUCAUCAAUUCCCGUCCACUGGUGGACGGGGAAUUCGAUUACAGUAUACUGCCAAACCCAGCCGGCGGUCUUUCCCAGGCUUGCCCGAUUUUAGGGACCGCCUGCCAUGCAGGCUAUUCAUCAUAUGACAUCAUCAUAUAAAACUAAUGUUAUUCCAAAAAAAAGUAUGCAUUUUAACAACACUGUGUAUUUCGAAUCUAUUUUGAUUCAUCUUCAGCAGUAUCUUUACAAGAUAUCUUGUAAAGAUACAGGCCUUAAAAUAUCGGUCGGUCACGGACAUUGUCCAACCCGUUCGUGAAAUUGUCCGAUGUCUCUACAUCACCACCGGACAUUCUAUCUGACCUAAGUGAAACUGAUGUUUAUUGUUUGUCCGACCCGACACGGGCUUAAGUGAAUUAUUGGCAAGCAAGUUAAUUUUGGCUUGGAAGUAAAUAUGAAAGACACGAAUUAUUUAAUAUUUUCACAACAUUUGCCAUUCAGUGAUAUUAAUUUGUGUCAUUUAGAUUUAUUUCCGAGCCAAACCGAACUGAAGGUCAUGGGACAUCAUCAUACAUGUACAGUCGUAUAGUAUAUCCGAACCAAACUCAAAGUCAUCGGACAUUUUGUCAGACGGUCCUAUAAAAGAUAUUUUAAGGCCUGAAUCCUCUGCUGAAGAUGAAUCAAAAUAGAUUCGAAAUAUACAGUUUUUAAAAUAGAUGUGUUGUGAAAAUACAUAUAUUUUUCGAAUAACAUUAGUUUUACAUUUUCUGAAACUGUCAGCCGGUGGAAAAUGAAAGAAAUAUGAUAUCCUUUAUCCCUUAAGAGUUAGGUUAUGUAAAGAAAGUGUCGACAGACAGAGUAGAAUGCAGGCCAUGCUCAAAUUUAUCUGUGGCUACUGUACAUUUUAGAUAACACGGCUCUGCACCUGAAAUGUCAUUACAAGUUACAGCAAAUAUUGUCUCGUGUAACGUGGUCUCACAUAUAUCGUAAGACCUCACAUUGUAUAAUUUUUACUCCUGGCUUGUUUAAGGUUUCUGAGAAACUGUGCAAUUACUAUCAUCUGUGUAAGAAAGGAGAGCAUUUCAAAGUGGCAGAAGAAAUAAAGUCUGUAAGAUUACCACAAAUUAAUGUAAAAUGUGAAGAUAAUAAUGAAGACGGUAUGGAAAUACAAGAAAACGGUGUAAGUUUGCUAUUGUGUACAAUUAUAUGGGGUUCAGUUUAUUGUUUUUAAUAUGUAUAAAAUUUUAUAAUUCACGGACGUUUAACUACAGGUGUUAAAAUACAGUAAUUAAAAAUACCUUUUUCUUGGUGUAUGAAGAAAAUAAUGAAUUUCCAGACUUCCAGUAACAUAGCAUACAAUGGUAUAGCGAAUGUUCAAAUCUAUAUUCUUCAGCCGCUGAAUUUUGUAGAAAGCAGGAGAAUGUCAAAUCGCUCCCCUGGUUUUACAAAGGAGAGUUAGUAAUAAUAAAAUAUCCAAUUCCGCGGAUCGCUGAUUAAGAAAAUGGAAAGUGAAGAACCAUUGUUUCCAUUGGAAACAAGGAGGACGAUGCAUGUGAGCGUUUGGACGCUUUUAACGAGACAAAUGUGUAUUACAACAUGCCGUUUACAUGAGACCGGUACGAAAAUCACAAAAUUUUCAAUUUACUCCCCUUGCCAGGCAAUCUUCUUUUUUAGAUGGCUUUUGUUAGCAUGUGUUGUUCCAGUGUCAAGGUUACAGCCGAGACCGGUCUGAAAUGUAUUUGUGUUUACAUUCUUGACGGUCUGAAUUCAUACCGGUCUGAAGUCAGUCGGCUCGGUCCAGCAGGCAGAAUUAUUUUCGUCCUGGUCUCAUGCAUGUAAACAUCUAUUAUAAAUAAUACUAUAUGACCGAAACGAAAUGUCCUGGUUUGACUUCGUUCCGGUCUCAUUUAAACGGGGCCUUACACACAAAUGACAACACAACAUAUUCGACCUCCACCUCUGACUGUUAAUCGGCUCCUAUGCGGCUCUUAGCUGAUUUGAGUAUAGGGAGUAAUACAUAGGUUCGAUCUCGAAACUACACAUCAGCGUGGAAAUAAUGUUUCAGAAAUAGAAAGUUGUCGGAUCUAGGUAUACGUAACAAACCUCCCAUGUAGGAAAAUGAAUUCCAGAAACGAGUAUCUAUUUGACCGUUUGCAUCGAUCAAAACCCAUCUUAAAUGAAACAUUUUGUUAUGAAAUUCUCCAAAAGUCGCUCUCUUUGGAACAGAGUUAGGAGAGCUGAAACGUGUGAGAGCGAUCAUUCUCAGAAUUCAAGAUGUGAUACUUGCAUGAAAAUUUCAUGUAUGUUAAACACUUAAACGCAUCACCUAAUUUAGGUUUUCCUCAUCUCGUAAAACCGGUGCAGCGACUUCAAAUUUGUUGCCCAAAGAGAUUUAUCCACUCCACGUACUACUGCCUUCUCCGGCAACUGUAUUUAUCAAUGGACAAGAGAAUCAAGGCAUAAUUAUUGUUUACAUGCUCAUGCACUAGAUUUGCUCCAAGCUGCCUCCCAAAGUGGUUAUUGUUGGGGAGUUGUAAACUUAUAGUUGCGCGGAAAUGCAGGUGGGAGGAAUGUCACUUCUCUCCCUUUCCGUUUAUAAUCCUGAAAACAACCCUGUGAGAGGCCGAUUUCGAGCAAGUCAAGCUAAUGCACCAGAGUUAAUCUGACUGGAACUGUGGAAGGCAGGUUCUUUUCUCCUGUAAGGGUUGAAGCAAAAUCCUGGGAACGAGAUUCAGUCAAACAAUAUAUCUGAGGCCGGUUGUAUUAAAAUCCUAACUACUUUUUAACUGCCCGUUUCGUAGUUAAAGUAUAGUUAACUAAAGUGUAGUUAAGUAUUGAGCAUAGAGUUUGCUCAAUUAUCUUCCAAGAUUAGAAUCCAUCAAAGCUGAAAGUCAAAAUUUCAGCAAUUGGUGAUUGUCAAAUGAGAAAAAUUUGUACUUUAACAUAUACAGGGUGCCCCCCCAAAAAAGUAAAUAAAGUACCCUCUAUAGAAAUUAUCCUAUUGUUAUAAUUUGAAUGCCCUGAGCACUAUGCUGAACACAAGAGUGCGUAAACACAAUUGAAUCGAAUUUUUAAUUACCAGUCGCAGAAAAUCCUGUGCUUAAACAACAAUAGGAUAAUUUCUAUACAGGGUACUUUUGGGGGACACCCUGUAGAUGCAUGAAAAAGGACAUUUGCGAAAACUUUGAAAACUAUUUCGAUAUUAUUGAUAGUAAUCACGUAACAAGAAAUAAUAAGAGCUUGAUAAGGCUCCCUAAAGUACGCCUUGAAUGUGCCAAAAAGAGUUUCUAUUUUACUGGUGCAAAAACACUCAAUGAUUUGCCCACUGACAUUCGAAAAGCCGAAACAUUAAAUGAUUUUAAAGUUAAGUUACCGAAUUUCUUAGAUGCUUAGUUAGAGUUUCUUAUUUGAACAUUGAGCUUUAAUAGCUUUUAACUUGUACAGUACAUAUUCUUAUCUAUUUUAGUCUUAAUUAUUUUGUAAUUAUAUUAGAUACAGGACCCUAGUUGAUAAUAGUGAAGAUCACUGAUUAGGCUUCCUGUUUAAAUAUUACAUAAUAAUAAUAAUAAUAAUAAUGCACGAUUCUGAUUGGUUCGUUUUUUUCACUAACUACAGUUAACUUUUUAAAAAUACUUUUCUAUGCAACCAACCGCUGGAAUUUAACAACAAUAACUUUGUCUUUUAGGUUGCCGAACAAUUUGAUGACAUGAGUAUAAAGGAAAGCGAAGACUCGCAUAUGCCAGAAACAGGAGUUCGCUAUGAAAACAACAGUUCAGGUUGGUUAGGCCCGUUUUCCACCAGGCGAAUUUGUUCAUCGCUUAUCACGUCAGCAUGCAAUAGCGACGCCGACAAAGGAAAAAGUCGCAUCUCGCGAACAAAUUCGCAUAGUGGAAAACGGGCUUCGCGUAAUGCAAUCCCGAUGAUCUGCAAUCCCGAUGAUCAGAAUUCGAAAUUCAACUAAGUUUUGAAGGAUACAUGCUGAACUUCGGGUUAGCCUAUUAUAGUAAUUGUACUAUCAUAUGGAUGUACCAUAUAGUUUCAUGGCUUCAUGACUUUUGCAACCAUGGUCGACACGACCACUCUAACUAAAUGUGCAUCUUCGUAGUCAGAAAAAUGACAUAUAGCAAUAUGCUGCAGAUUAUAACAUCUGUAUUAUAAUUAUGUAUCCACAAUUAAUGGCGGUCCUUUUUUCACUCCACAUGUUUAGACUGAGAGACUUAUUACUUAGGUACACUUCAUAUGCUUUGAUUGAAACUCUUUGUCAUACUUCAAAACUGACAAUUCCCCCAUGUAAUCAGCCCUUUCAUGAACGGAUUUUCAGAUUUUGCUCUGGGGGGUGCUGAAAAUUCAUGGAGGAGGUGAGCGAGAGGGCGCAUACUGUAGUGCCGCUGAGCAAAAUGCAGCAGGGAUCUGGGGGCACAAUCGGUAAUAGGGGUAAGGGGACGAAGCCCCCAAGAAAUUUGGAGAUGUCUAGUCUUAUUUAGCUCAUAAUCCUUAUUUCAAUCACGCUACUGUCAUUUAAUCCGAUGAGCAUUUUAAUUUCUGGGGAGAGGAUGUGAACAUUUCUGUAGGUGAGGUGGGACAACUUUCUGAGGAGGUGCAAAAUAUUUUUGAGGGGGUGCGCACUCUCCUCCACCCACAUAAAAUCUGUCUAUGAGCCCUUCAAUCGUCAUUCUGUUUUUAGAUGUUAAUGGUACAAACGGCAGUCAUGAUGAGAAGGAAAAUGGCGAGGAUGAUGGGUGGAAAGUUGUGCAACGGGGUAGAAAAAAGAGAUAAAAGCCUUGGGCUAUGAGUGUAUGAGGUAUACUUGCAGUAUUUUACUUUCGUGCGCUUUGGGUCUCGAAGAAAUGGUCGCAGAAACAUCAAAAUAGCGAAGUUAAGCAAGGCUUAAUCUAGUACGGGACGUGACAAGAACCAGCCCAAAAUUUUACACUUCACAAACUAUAUGUACUACCGAUAUUACGGAAAUCACCGAACUGUGGAAUCGCAUCAAAAAUUCGUAUCGUCGCCACUCCCAUUCACAAACGUUUACGAUCGCAUCCACAUAUUUUUGCUUCUUUACAAUUCAAAUUUUAAACAGCCAAUCCGGUUCUUGGUGAUUGAUAACGAUUUUGUUAUGAGGAAUAACUGCUUUUCUGCCACGGAAGACAUUGAAAUAUGGCAUA